UGUUCUUCUUCCUUUUGUCAUUUUUUUUUGUAGGUAUUCUAGUAGUUUAGUUCACUUCACGCUGGUGCACAAUUCGUUCAGAAGGUGGAUUGUGUGCAUUGUCUGUAGUUUAGUUUUGUGAAUCGACAUUUGUCGGUGGUUGUGUAGUGUGUAAAACAAUUUAUUAUUAUGAACCUACAAAAUAUAGCAUAACUGGAUCAUUAUACUUAGUGAACGGAGUUCAUACUACUGUGUAACCAGAAAAUGAGUGGCUAAAGAGUCUAUUCAAGUGUUCGUUGACCCGUCGUGUGUGAUCCAGAGUAGGUACAUCGAAAGAAUUCAAAAGUGCUUGUGGUCGAUCUAGCUGAGAUUUACAAAGGUAGCAUUCAAAUUCAUGGCAAUGCUUUAGACUACACAAGCUCAAUCAGUUAAAAGCUUGACUCCUUGUUAGUCGUCGAUGGAUUUUUAGAAGUUGCUUAAGAUUGGUGCGGCCUACUGAAGAUGAUGGUGGAAACCAUCCUGGAGUCCUCUCAGGACUUUGGUAUGUCUAACGGAGCGCUGCCGCAGUGGAAGCGCGAACUGCUUCAGCGGCGCGCCGCGCGCAGUAGGCCGGCGCAGGCGCCAGCGCAGCCGCCGCCACCGCCACCACCGCCGCCGCACGAUGAAGACGAUGAGGAGCUGCGCUACGGGCCCGGCAUUGUCAAGCGGCUCAAGUCGCGCUAUCUCAGCUUAGCACUGCGCGAUGCGCCGCGCCGGCGCCCCUCAGUGCUGCGGCGCGCCGCCUCCCUCGAACACCUGCUGGAUGAGCGGCCUCCGCCCGCCCCCGCGCCUCGCACGAACCUGCGCCCACCGCGCCCUGCCUCCGUAGCCGUGCCGCCAGCUAUUCUACCUACCAAUGCCCGUAGGGACUCUGUAAAGCGUGCGCGCUCCGUAGACGCGCUGAGCCGCCUCGACACGCGGGAAGAGCCCCGGGCACCGUCGCCAUCGCCACCGCCGCCAUUGGCGCCACGCCCGCCACCGCAACCUCGUUCGGCGCGUCCCCCUCGACGACCCACCCCUCUGUUGCGCGAAACUGAACGUCCUCCCCCAGACGUAGUACGUUCGACAUUACGAAAGUUCGAAAGUGCACCGACGCGCCGCGCUGCCCCUGCCGCUCGCGUGUCUGCAGUUCUUCGAGGUUUUGAAGGGCCACGAACUUCCACACCAGAACCUCGCGAAUCAUCAGACGCUCCACCGCUAAGCCCCCGAACACCUAGUCCAUUGCCGCCGGCCGAACCCUUGUCUCCCGUGCCGGUAGCUAUCACUAAUGAAGAGACGGAGAGUUCUCCAGAAGCCGUCAGCUCGCGGCAAGUGUCCAGGGCCGCACUGGAUGGCAUAGCUCGCGCCGGCUCCACUGUGCGCUACGCAUUCGAAGCUCCUCGUGCGGCCUCACACUUGCCCCCACUAGCGGCCACCAAUCAAGUUCUAGUGGGGCGAGCGCGACGAGUCGGUGUAAUCCGCCCCAUGCCGGCACGUGCCACCGACUCCACCGCCGAUGAACCUGUCGAAGAGGCAGAUGAAAAGAAUUCCGACCAGGCCACAAGACUUGCGUCUCCCUCCCCGACGCCGGCGGCUGAGUGCGAAAUAAAUUCGCCCGGUCGAUCUGAAAGAAGAGAACCUCCACCCGCAGCUCUGGUAGAACCGAUCCCGCGGUCGCCGGUCGAGGCAGUCCGCUCGCCGACCCCGCCCGCACCGCUCUCGGUGGAGCGCAGCCCCAGCCCGGAGCCAAAGCCUAAAGAUGUGUCGGAGUCGGUCGUCUCGCCGCUUGUGAACGGCCACGGGAUCUCUGAGCGUCCAGUAGACUCCAAACCAGGUGUGUCACGUAUCGGCGCGGCGGGCAUUGAGCGCGCGUGGAGCGGCUCGGCGGACAAGAAGCCGGAGAGCGCGGGCGGCGGCGCGGCGUGGGCGCGCGGCGGCGGCGCGGCGCGGCGCGCGCGCGGGCCCGCGCCCUCCUGCACCUCGGUCGUGUUCAACUUCUCCAACCGCAAGGAGGUGCCCGACUACAUCGAGAACGACGGCAUCAUCCUGCGCGCCUCCAGGCGAAACAGGAUCAAGCCGGGCGAGCCGGGCGUGGUGGUGCUGCGGCCGGAGGCGCUGGCGCGCGACUCCGACUCGGAGACGGAGCCGGACGGCGGGCCGCCCUCGCCGUGCGCCGUGCGCUUCGUCAACGACAACGUGCUCAUCGGCGGCCGCUCCUCCAUGCCCGCCAGGCCCAACAAGGACCGCAUCGCUAAGCUGAAGCUGCAGUUCGACGACUCGCUGACGCGCACGUUCGAGUACCCGUCGGAGACGUCGCUGUGCGAGGCGGCGCCGGGCGACGCGCCGCAGCCGGCCGCGGCGCCGCAGCUGGCCGAGUCGCCACUGCACGCGCCGCUCGCCGCCAACACGCACAUCUCGUCGGCGGCACUGUCGCGCUACACGCCGCACAAGACGGCGGGCGCCGCCUUCCAGCUCGGCGUGACGCGGCGCGCGGAGGGCGAGGCGCGCGAGGCGGAGGAGCCGGCGGAGGCGGAGGCGGAGGCGGGCGACGCGCGGCCGUGCGGCGCGGACGCGCGCUCGUGGAGCGAGGCGCGCACUCACGCCACGGACCUGCUGUUCUAGUCACACGUCGCAGGUCGCCGAGACUCCGGAUGGCAGAGACACGAGAGCGACGGCUCCGGCGCUGCAGCCUGCUCAAGUACUUCGCGUAGGUUAACGUGCAUCGAGUCAUAUCCGUAGGUGCCUGUCGAUACAUUGCUGUCGACCUACUACACGUUAUCACUGGUAACCACGCCCGACUGAUUAGCUGAUAACGGCAACGCAACUUUUGACAUUUGGAAGCAUUUAAUAAAAAUAUAUGUAUUUUAAUAUAAUAGGGUGUAGAUAUAAUUAGUUGUUACUAAGUCUAUGAGGGUGCAUAGACAAUUAUAGAAGCUGUGAGGCGUGACCGCGGGCUGCGCGGCUCGCCCUUGUAUUGUGAUCGCGCUCUACUCAUUCCAUGGCAUUCCUAAUUUGUACAGUCUUUUAUUGACAAUUUUAUAAAAAUUUACAACAUUUAACUGAAUUGUUAUGACAAACAAACUUAAUGUAUAAUUGAAAGAAAAGGCGUAUAUUUUUAUAGUAUUUCUUAUGGUAUAUUAUAAUGAAUGAAUACAAAAUGUGUUUAGAUUCCUUUAGUUAGUGAGUAUUAUUGUAACCGACAUCGAUAUACGCUAGGAGCUGUGCCUCGGUGCCGGCCGACACGUCGCCGCACUGGCCACGUUGUCACAGUGUCAUAAUUAUAUAAUAUUGUUUGUAACGCUUGCGCUGACCGCGGCGCAAGCGCAGGCCGCCCGGCCGACACUUGCCAAUGCCUAGUUAUAUCGUACUUUAUGCAUAUUAUGACAUUUAGGUGAUUCUUCAAUGUAGUAGUUUUAACUGAUAUGUACUAAUGCAAUAUAUUGCGAUUAUUCUUUGUAAGUAAACUCAGGUGCGCACCGGUGAGAUCUUGAUAGUGAUUUAUAAGGAACGUGUACAAAAGAAGUUAUAAUAUGUAAUCAUUAGUAGUAGUCGAUAGAUGCCGAUGGUAGACGCUGCAGCCGGCGGACAGCCGGGCCGCGCUAUCGCAUCCUAUACCCAACAUGUAAACAUUCUGAUUUGCAAUAAAACAUGGAACCGACUCAAA